UUUUCAUUCAUUGCUUCCCUCUCUUUAUUUUAUUUUUCUAUUAAUUUCUAUUACAAAAUAAAUCUGGGAUCUAGGUCCUCGGAUAAUCCAUAGAAAUGUCUGCUACAAAAACCGCGAGAUUAGGAGAAGAAAGCCGAGUUGACAAGGUGAAUGCGGAGCUGGUGACCCUGACAUACGGUACAAUUGUAGCCCAGCUAUGCCAGGACUACGAUGAGGAUUACAUGGAGGUCAACAAACAAUUGGACAAGAUGGGAUACAACAUUGGCAUGCGUCUAAUUGAAGACUUCCUGGCGAAGUCCACCGUGGGCCGCUGCGCCAACUUUCGCGAGACGGCAGACAUGAUCUCCAAGGUCGGGUUCAAGAUGUUCCUGAAUAUCACCCCCACGGUGACGAACUGGACGAGCGAUAACAACCAGUUUUCGUUGAUAUUUGAGGAGAACCCGCUGGCCGACUUUGUUGAGCUACCGGACGAUGGUCGGGCGCAGGAUGAACUGUGGUUCUCCAACAUUCUGUGUGGAGUGUUACGGGGAGCUCUGGAGAUGGUUCAAAUGCAGAUCGAGGCCCACUUCGUCAGUGAUGUGCUGCGGGGGGACGAUACUACCGAAAUGCGGGUAUCACUUGUACGAUAUAUCGAGGAUGAGAUGCCACCCGAUGAAGAAUGAAUGGUUUCUUUCCAUAAUUAAACCUGCGGAUUUGAGGC